GCGGGGCUCUGGGAUCGGACUGUGCCACGGCAAAGGUCGGGGGGUGGUGUGACCUCGGAAGUAGUUGUUGGGAGUCUGUUGGUUCGGCAAGUGAUGGAUCCUUAUCCCCGAUCGUCCAUCGAAGAUGAUUUCAACUACGGUACCAGUGUGGCGUCGGCCAGCGUCGACAUCCGCAUGGGAUUUCUGCGGAAAGUAUACACCAUCUUGUCUGUCCAGAUUAUUCUUACUACUGUGACGUCUGCUGUGUUCAUGUAUAGUGAUACAAUCAAGAAUGUCAUUCACGGAAGCCCUGCAUUGGUGUUGAUAGCAUGCUUAGGAUCUCUGGGUUUAAUAAUUGCUCUAGCGAUUUACAGACAUCAACAUCCUAUUAAUCUGUAUCUCCUAUUUGCUUUUACCCUUCUGGAAGCUUCAACUGUGGCUGCUGCUGUCACUUUCUAUGACUAUUCAGUGGUUCUGCAAGCAUUCAUUCUGACAACAGCUGUAUUUGUUGCAUUGACUGUCUACACGUUUCAGUCAAAGAGGGAUUUCAGUAAAUAUGGAGCAGGUCUGUUUGCAUGUUUGUGGAUUUUGAUCCUGGCUGGAUUUCUAAGACUGUUCUUCUUGAGCGACACAGUGGAGCUUGUAUUUGCAUCUGCAGGAGCUCUCCUCUUCUGUGGCUUUAUCAUCUAUGAUACACAUGUUUUGAUGCAUAAGCUUUCACCUGAAGAAUAUGUACUGGCUUCAAUUAACCUGUAUUUGGAUGUUAUUAAUCUAUUCUUGCAUAUCCUUCGAAUCCUGCAAUCACUUAACAAGAAGUAAUCACUAGGAUUAUUGUUGAAAAAAGAUGUUAAUAUGUCUCUAACUAAAAAUUAAUGAAGGGGUGCAUUUUGUGUAUAGACUUGUUGAUUUAUUGUCUAACUUUAUUCUUAAUGAUUAUAUUUGUAUUCAUUGUAUGGUGUAGAUAGUUUUAAUUGAUAAUAGUCAAUUUGUAUAGUUUUUCCUUAAGGAAAUUUGAGGGCACUUCUGGGUGAAUAGUUUUGAAGAAAAAUAUUAUAACUUGUGGGGAAACACCAAUCCAGACCCAAAAUCCAAUAUUUCUUUCAGCUUUGUUUGAUUUGAAUUUAGAUUGCUUAAAAUGUUUUUUUUUAAUCUGAAUUGAAAUUUGAUGCUAAACUGGGAGAAAGCAAUUUUAAAUGUGGCAUGGAUUCAGUGAAAGGCUUUUUUUGUCUGUUGUUUUCUAUUGUAAUUACUUAAAUGUUUAUAAGUUGAAAUCCUAUUCUGUAAAAAAUCAUUUCAGUACAAGUCAUCCCUUUGAAUAAAAUCUGCAGUUCACAUUU